AUGCAAUUAUACUCAGAGGAUCAAGAUGAGCCCGACAGCUGCAUCAGUCGGAACUUGAUACAACGGCUAGGUUUAAAUAAAGAACUCUUUGAUUUAUGCGAUUUACAACGGGAGCCGAGUUCAGUGAAACGCCAUCGCCGACGUGUUGAUACUACUUUCCAUGGACAUCCUAGGACAAGAGGCGAGGUUUUGGGUACGAAAUUCCACAUGAGCUUGUAUAAUUUUGAUCAAACAAAUUCAUUGGUUACACUGAUAAACAAAAUCGCUGAGGAAUAUUUAGCUAAAUGUCCGCCAGUUAUAUAUUAUGAUAGUUUCGUGAAAAAAUCUGAUGGAAUGAUAUUGGAAACGCUUUUUAAGACAUUACCAAUGACAUUUUAUCAUGGAGAAAUAGACCCACACUAUAAACUUCUAAAUCCGCUCCUACAACGACGUUUAGAUGUUAACUGCAAAAGUUAUAUAUUAUUUAUGUCGGAUCCAUUAAUGACUAGGCAAAUUAUAGGCCCACAAACUGAGAGCCGCGUUGUACUUGUGGCACGUUCAUCACAAUGGAAACUUAGAGAUUUCCUAGCAUCUGAAAAAUCAUCCAAUAUAGAAAAUCUUUUAGUUGUGGGAGAAUCUCUAACAGCAGACCCAUUGCGUGAACGUCCUUAUGUUCUCUACACGCACAAAUUAUACACAGAUGGUUUGGGUUCAAAUACGCCGAUAGUGCUCACUAGCUGGAUAAAGGGUGCACUUAGUAGACCACAUAUCAAUCUAUUCCCACAAAAAUUUAGCAAUGGUUUUGCUGGACACCGCUUUCGGGUAUCCGCAGUUAAUCAACCGCCUUUUAUAUUUAGUACCAGAUUUCUAGAUAUGGGCGGUAUAUCGAACACGCGCUGGGAUGGUGUCGAGCUUCGCUUACUAAAUAUUAUUUCAAAGAAAUUAAAUUUCUCUAUAGAUAUAACCGAAACUCCCAAGAAAUUAGGAAGUAAAAGCCUUGUUGAUGCUAUACAAGAACAAAUUGUCAAAAAUAAUGCUGACAUUGGCAUGUCUGGAGUUUAUAUUACAGAAGAUCGUUUGCGGGAUACAGAUAUGUCUGUUGGACACUCCCGUGAUUGUGCAGCAUUUAUUACUUUAGCUUCGAAAGCAUUACCUAAGUAUCGUGCUAUUAUGGGUCCCUUUCAAUGGCCCGUUUGGGUGGCACUUAUUGGUGUAUAUUUAGGUGCAAUUUUUCCUAUUGUUUUUACGGAUCGGUUAACAUUAAGUCAUCUCAUUGGCAAUUGGGGUGAGAUGGAAAAUAUGUUUUGGUACGUCUUCGGCAUGUUUACGAAUAGUUUAACAUUUUCCGGAAAAUAUUCCUGGGGUUCAUCGGAAAAAACUUCUACUCGUCUAUUGAUUGGCGCUUAUUGGUUUUUCACUAUUAUUAUAACUGCUUGUUAUACAGGCUCAAUUAUUGCUUUUGUAACGCUACCGGCAUUUCCUGAUACAGUAGAUUCGGUACUAGACUUGUUGGGUUUGUUUUUCAGAGUUGGCACUUUAGAUAAUGGUGGCUGGGAGAGCUGGUUUCAGAAUUCCACACAUUUUUCAACAGCGAAACUCUAUAGAAAAAUGGAAUUCGUUGGAUCGUUUGAAGAAGGUAUAGGUAAUGUUACACAAAGCUUCUUUUGGAAUUAUGCGUUUUUGGGCUCCAAGGCACAAUUGGAGUAUUUGGUGCAAAAAAAUUUUUCGGAUGAAAACAUAUCUCGUCGUUCAGCUUUACAUUUGAGUGAGGAAUGUUUUGCUCUCUUUCAAGUUGGCUACCUCUUUCCCAGAGAUUCUGUAUAUAAACGUAAAAUUGAUUCUAUGAUAUUGUUAGCACAACAAAGCGGCCUUUUGGAGAAGAUAAGCAAUGAGGUCAAAUGGGCUAUGCAGCGUUCUUCAAGUGGAAAAUUAUUGCAAGCCAGUUCAGCGAAUCCACUACGAGAACGUAUACAAGAAGAACGUCAACUAACUACUGCUGAUACUGAAGGAAUGUUUCUGCUAAUGGGAAUUGGUUAUUUACUCGGUGCCAUAGCAUUAAUUUCGGAAAUUGUGGGAGGCAUUACAAAUAAAUGUCGACAAAUUAUAAAACGCUCAAGAAGGCUUUCGACAAGUUGGUCUUCUAGAAACAGUUCCGCAGUCGAUGGAGAAGUUCGUACUAAAGCGGAACAAAAGGCACACGAUAAACGAAAAGCUGCACGGCGCAAAGCAAUAGAAGAUGAGGAUAAGAAGAAUAGAGGUUUUGGAAUGAGAGAAUUCAAUCUAACCAAAACUACAUUGAAAGAGCUCUACGGAAAUUACUAUAAACAACAACCGAAUUACGUUUAUAAAAAUGGACAAUUAAUCUUAGAAACUGAAACUAUUUCUACCGGAUCAACAGAUUGUAAUUUCGAUUGUUCGAACGGCGAAGAAGCAACUAACACGACUUCGUGUGACAAAAAAUUAACACUGCACUGCAAGUCUGAGGAAAUGGUUCUAGCCAAUAUUGAAAUUCAUCAGAGUAUCACAGAAAAUGAUAUCAAUGAUACUUUAGCCGAAUUAGAUAAUUGCUUGAGUGAAUAUCAUGCAAAUGAUGUAGUUGAAAAUGAGCCACUGGAACUACAAAAUGAGGAUGAAGUUGUUAUUCGCAAAAUUGAUGAACACAGCCUUUUUGGUAGUUUUGUUGAGAUGAAUUCAGAUGAAGCAAAAAAAGAAAACAGCUUGGAUUUGUUCGAAGACAAACAAAAUUGAAAGAUAGAGAAAUUACUCAAGACUUGAUAUUGGAAUUUAAAAAGUUGCAAACAUUGUACUUGGUGUUUAAUA